UCCUCACACAAUCCUAUGAAAUCGUAUUAUCCCCAUUUUGCAAAGAGGGAAAAGUUCUCAGAGAAAAGUUACACAACUAAUGAAUACUAAAACGGGGCUUCUACUGUGGAGUUCAAACCCACAGCUCUAAACCGUCAAAUCCAGGAGAAUAUAUGCUUCCUAAUUCUGUUAGUCAAAGCAGUCAUCCCCCAGAAGCCUCGCGAUAUUACUCGAACUACUACUCCCAAUAUGCAAAGCGGUUUCUGUGAAGCCGCCUAAGCGGCAGAGGCCGGAGGGCCCCGGCGUACCUCGAGGCGCGGAAGGCAACCUGGGAGCCGUAGUUCUCCUGGACGCCUACCGGUAUUGCCAGCGCGGCGGUGGCGGAUCGCUCGGUUCCAGCCAGUGGGUCCUGUGAGUGCGAGCUGAGGCGGAGAAAGGGCGCGGAACUGGAAACGGGUGAGUCAGGCACGGUCUACGCGUUAAAGAGAGGCGGCACCGCGGCGUAGGGUUGAGUUAAGUCAGCGCGGCCCCCGCGCAGUCUCUUUAGGGACACCGCGGUCUUAGCGUCAGCGAGCAGAGGGGGAGGAGGCGCCAGAGCCCGGUCCUUGCAUCCGUACUCGUCCUCAGCUCCCCGCCAGCAUCUCCACCAUGCAGUCCCGGGAAGAAGCUCCGCGCUCUCGCCGCCUCGCCAGUCCCCGCGGCGGAAGGCGGCCCAAGAGGCUUUCCAAGCCCUCGGUUUCGGCUUUUUUCACGGGCCCGGAGGAGCUGAAGGACACGGCCCAUUCCGCAGCCCUGCUGGCCCAGCUCAAGUCCUUCUACGACGCGCGGUUGCUCUGUGAUGUGACCAUCGAGGUGGUGACUCCUGGCAGCGGGCCUGGCACGGGCCGCCUCUUCCCCUGCAACCGUAACGUGCUGGCUGCCGCGUGUCCCUACUUCAAGAGCAUGUUCACUGGCGGCAUGUACGAGAGUCACCAGACGAACGUGACCAUGCACGAUGUGGAUGCCGAGUCCUUCGAGGUGCUGGUCGAUUACUGCUACACGGGUCGUGUGUCAUUAAGUGAGGCCAACGUGCAGCGCCUGUACGCCGCCUCUGACAUGCUGCAGCUCGAGUAUGUGCGUGAAGCCUGUGCCUCCUUCCUAGCCCGCCGCCUUGACCUGGCCAACUGCACGGCCAUCCUCAAGUUCGCCGACGCCUUCGACCAUCACAAGCUGCGAUCACAGGCCCAGUCCUUUAUAGCCCACAACUUCAAGCAGCUCAGCCGCAUGGGUUCGAUUCGGGAGGAGUCUCUGGCAGAUCUGACCCUGGCCCAACUGCUGGCCGUCCUGCGCCUGGACAGUCUAGACGUCGAGAGUGAGCGGACAGUGUGCCACGUGGCGGUGCAGUGGUUGGAGGCGGCUCCCAAGGAGCGGGGUCCCAGCGCUGCAGAAGUCUUCAAGUGUGUCCGCUGGACACACUUCACCAAUGAAGAUCAGGAUUACCUGGAAGGACUGCUGACCAAGCCCAUUGUGAGGAAAUACUGUCUGGACCUUAUCGAAGGAGCCCUGCAGAUGCGAUAUGGUGACAUGUUGUACAAGUCUCUGGUGCCAAAGCCAGAGAGCAGCAGCGGCGGCAGCUCUGUUGUGUCCAUGGCAGAAAAUCCACCUCAGAGGCUGGGUAUGUGUGCCAAGGAGAUGGUGAUCUUCUUUGGACAUCCCAGAGAUCCCUUUCUGUGCUAUGACCCAUACUCAGGGGACAUUUACACAAUGCCAUCACCUUUGACCAGCUUGGCUCACACUAAGACUGUCACCUCCUCAGCUGUUUGUGUCUCUCCAGACCAUGACAUCUAUCUGGCCGCCCAGCCCAGGAAGGACCUCUGGGUGUAUAAACCAGCCCAGAAUAGUUGGCAGCAACUUGCUGACCGCCUGCUCUGCCGUGAGGGCAUGGACGUGGCAUACCUCAAUGGCUACAUUUACAUUUUGGGUGGGCGGGACCCUAUUACCGGCAUUAAACUGAAGGAGGUGGAGUGCUACAGUGUCCAGAGGAACCAGUGGGCCUUAGUGGCUCCCGUACCCCAUUCCUUCUAUUCCUUUGAACUAAUAGUGGUUCAGAACUAUCUUUAUGCUGUCAACAGUAAGCGCAUGCUCUGCUAUGAUCCUAGCCAUAAUCUGUGGCUGAACUGUGCUUCUCUUAAACGCAGUGACUUUCAGGAAGCCUGUGUCUUCAAUGAUGAGAUCUAUUGUAUCUGUGACAUCCCAGUCAUGAAGGUGUAUAACCCAGCCAGGGGAGAAUGGAGGCGGAUUAGUAAUAUUCCCCUGGACUCUGAGACCCACAACUAUCAGAUUGUCAAUCAUGGCCAAAAGUUGCUCCUCAUCACUUCUACAACCCCACAGUGGAAAAAAAACCGGGUGACUGUGUAUGAAUAUGAUACUAGGGAAGACCAGUGGAUUAAUAUAGGUACCAUGUUAGGUCUUUUGCAGUUUGACUCUGGCUUUAUUUGCCUCUGUGCUCGUGUUUAUCCUUCCUGCCUUGAACCUGGUCAGAGUUUCAUCACUGAGGAAGAUGAUGCACGGAGUGAGUCUAGUACUGAAUGGGACUUAGAUGGAUUCAGUGAACUGGACUCUGAGUCAGGAAGUUCAAGUUCUUUUUCUGAUGAUGAAGUCUGGGUACAGGUAGCACCUCAGCGAAAUGCACAGGAUCAGCAGGGUUCUUUGUAAAUAUUUUGAACUACUAAGAUGUUUCUACUGCUAUGGAAUAUAUCUUAAAAAGAUGUCCUUUUCUUUUCCUGAAAAAAAAAAAAAAUUGAUUAGGGCUGCAGAUUUGGUUUAGAAAGGAUAAUGUUUGAAUUGCUAAUGUAAUGUUACAAAGUUUAAACAGUCCAUGAAAUCAACUAUAUAAUAAUUUACUGUGCAGAACGUUGAGAUUAAAGUAUGCAAAACAAUGAACCAUAUCAUUGAUUAGAAUGCUUGGUGGUUUUCUUCUUUGUUCAAGUACUUGUUGCACCAGUGAAUCGUUUUGAUUAGUUACACUGUUUAUAUUUUGAUUAUCUAAUUUAGUCUUGUUAGUUUUUAAAUUCUAUUUAGUGUGAGGAAGUUAGCUUUUUAAUUUUUAUAUAGAAAAUUGGACUAGAAAUUGUUGGUAGGGUUUUGAAGGUUUAUAUAUUCCUUCAGAAUAAUGAAAGUAGUAGAUUUCCUAAAUUUUCAAAUAGUCAGUUUUUAGGAUUCUAAGUUAAUACAGUUAAAAUUUGGUUUGGUGUUCUUCUCUUCUGCAAAGAAAACAAAUUGGACAUAUAUAUUAAGGUUAUUAAAGAGUGAUUUCAUUUUGUUAAUGUGCAGAAUGGUCUUAAGCACUCAUAGAAAGUAAAAAAAAAUCAGGAUUCCACUGUUUUAAAAGAAUUUUUAUUUUUGGAAUAUAAAAUGUGUAUUUGCUAAAUAUGACCAUUUUUCUAUCUUAAAAAGAUCCAUUCUGGUAGUAUCACCAACUAUUUAGUCCCUUCUAAACCAAAAACAAUAGGUAAGUUGCCAUAUUUUUUCAUCUGUAUCUGAUACAUGCUUCGUUGAAUCAGAGGAACAAUCGUUUUUUUCACUGGACAUGUGAUUGGGUAAUGUAAAUUUUUAUCCAUUGGUCAUGCCUUGUCUUAAAAAGUUUAUAUGCUUUCCUACAAUAUUUUGGCUGUAUAGUUUUGCUGUUUGUCUUAGAGGAUUCUUUAGCAGGAAGUGACUUUUGUGAGGUGAUACUGGUUUUGAAAAUAUGUAUAAGCUAAAAACAGUGUUUGACUGAGAUCAGUAGUAGUUAUUGUGUCUAUCAACUCUAAAAUCAAGUGCCAGGAGAGAACUUUAAAAGUUUAAGCUGUGUAUAGAAUUGUUUUAUGUAGCAUUGAAAUUUUCUGUCAGUUUUGUAAGUCACUGUAAAUGAUUAUCAGCUUGAAGGUAUUUUUGUAUUAAAAGUUGACAGUUAAAGAACAUAAGUGGAUGAUAGCAUUUGGGGCCAAUAGUGAAAGUAUGUUUCCUCUAAAAUACUUCCCUAAGCAGUGGUGUACACAGUUAUUUUAUUAGGUUAUUUGUAUCUGUCCUAUAUUUCUCUGUGAACCAUGCUCCAGUCUGUUUUUUGUUUGUUUUGUGUCACCAUAAUAAGAGAAGGUCUAGAAAUAGAGACUAAAUUGCACAAAAUUGACAUUGUUAAACACGAGAACACAUAGGUGCUUACUUUUUGAGGGUCUGUUAAUACAUAUGGUUGUCACAAUACAUAUACACGAUAAAUGGUGUAUAUAUACAGAUGCUUAUGUUCUAUAAAUUUUUCUGUACCCACUUAGUUUAUCUUCUUGAAUCUUUGUUCAGUAACAUGCUAAUUCCUCUUCUAUGUUUAUUCUCUAGUGACCAAACGCUAACAUUUUUUUCACACUGGCAGAGUACUGAGGCGUGUGUUCUGGGAUGGAGAACAGAAUUUUGAAUAAGAAAAGGGAGGGAGGGAGAAAAGGGCUUCAAAAAGCCAAACACACAAAUAAUGUUUUCUUAGCCAUUUUGAUUGGCCACCUGAAGAGUCCACAGGACAUUUCUGUUCAACAUUAUUUAGUGAAAUAAGAUUCUUACCCUAGCAGCAUGUGUUCCUUCAAAACAGCAAACAUGCUUUAGUUUUGUUUGUUCCAUAUCAGGGGUGUCAACAAGCGCUGCUCUUAACAUGGAAAGCUGUAUCUUAAUAGUAUUUUUCGACCAAAUUUUCUUCACCAAUAACUUCUUGUUGGUAGCUUUUUGUUUUGUAAGGUGAAAUAGGACAGUGCUGAUCACAACCACAUUAUCCAUCUACAGAAUUAGGGUAUGCAACCAGUUGAUAAGAGACAGAUUCUCUAACGUGUCAUUCUCAACCUUUGAGUUAGGUAUAAGCUAAUUAGUCGUAAAAUAUUGAUUUACAGAGAGCUUUUCUUAGAAAGGAUUUUGGUUUCAUGAUAUGUUUGUGAAUUAGGGAAUAGAUGUUAACCUUUAUUUUAUAGAUAAGUGAUUUGUACAUGGUUAGUUACAAA